AUGCCAAUCUUUAAAAAGUCUGUUGUUCUGGCUUUCUACAUUUUGUCCAUAUUCAUGUCAGUGAAUACGAUUGGUCAGUUAUAUACAACAGAAUCACAGUUCGAUGACCUUAGAACGGAAACAGAACUGAUAUCUGAAGAUGACAGUGAGUCACUCUCGGACUGUGCUUUUCUGUGUAAACACCGCUGUCAUUGCUUCGGGUUUAAUUUGUUUGUUAAAAAAUGUCGUCUGCACAAAUACUGCCUCAUGGAAGAAAUGAACUCACCAGAACCUGGAUGGAAGUAUUACUGCGCAGGUUAUACUCUACCAAAGGAUUGUCAAGAGUAUUAUAACAAUGGCCACACUCAGUCUGGGAUAUACGGCAUAUCGCCGUACAGAAGACGAUGUCACGUGGUCUAUGUAUUUUGUGAUAUGUUGACGAAUGGCGGAGGGUGGACGGCAAUUCAAAGACGGAGGAGUGGAUCAGUAAGUUUUGACAGGACAUGGGUGGAUUAUAAGAGAGGUUUUGGGGAGGCAGAAACAGCAUACUGGAUCGGGAAUGACAUCAUAUACCUGUUCACGAAGGACAUUAACCCUUUCCUGUAUGUUUCGAUCACACUUAACAAUGGUACGAGUUAUUAUCAGAUGUAUGACCAGUUUUCCGUGUCAGAUGAUGCAGACAAGUACAGACUUAUACUGACAGGUCCUUGGAACGUUAGGUAG